AUGAGUAACGAAGCUGUGGGACGCAAGCGCGUCGUGGUUGGUGCUGGUUAUGGUUGGUUCGAUUGGCUAAUGCAGCGCAUCACCGGAGUGGUCAUGGUGGUCUUUACGAUCGUGCUAUUGGUUGCAUUUUUCAUGGCCAAUGAUUAUACCUACGAUGGUGGUGCAGGACGAAUUUACCAAGCGUCGACGAAUGCCUUUAUCAACACGGGUGAUGGUCUUGGUAUGGCUGCUCGAGCUGGUAUUCCAUUGGAAGAUAUGGAGUUUUGGCAGUUUCACCCCACAGGCGUGUAUGGUGCUGGGGUGUUGUUGACUGAAGGGUGCCGC